GUUUGUUGCCAGGCAGCAUCAGAAUGAUGAGGAUGAGGUCUGUACACACAUUUCAGUCUGAACUAUGCCUUUUCAAACCAUCUGACAGCUCGUCUUCCCUCUCUCAAACUGUGACCACGUCCUCUGUGUAACAGCUCGCUGAAUGAAGCAGAAUGUGCCUGGUUUUUAAUCCACAUCGAGAUCUGAUAAAACAGGCUGCCAUUAUUCAAAGAGCAGCGCAGCAGUAAGACUGUAACCCUGCCUCACUGAGUUUGGCCUCUGUUCAACAUGGACACUGACGUUACCUCAGAGCGAGUUCAACACACGAGGCUGCCGUCUUUCUCAGUCAGAGAGCAACAACACUACCGUGCAGAGAAGAUGCUCAUGCGGCAGUUUAUGCUCAUGAAGGAGCAGCAUGAAGUUCCCAUUUAUUUAUCUACUAAAGACAUGAAGGCCUGGCUGCUGGCAGGGAGACACUUCCUGGAAGAGUUCCAGGAAACAGCGCAGCAGGUAGAAGAGAGAAGACUCCUCAUGGUUGAACUGGCCUGGAGCUCAGCCAGGCGCUCGUGUCUUGAUCAGAUGGAGCAGGAGCUCCGAGAGGAACUGGAAAAAGAGAAACGUCUUUCACUGCAGUUCAGCAGAAAGGUCACAGUGGAGGGCCUUCAGAUGUUUCUCUCAGUGAUCCGGCCUAAAGCAGAGCAGGACGUAUGGACCUUCCUCGGCCACCUGUCCAACAAGCUGCUCAGCUCUUUUACCGACGCUCACACCAGCAAGCAGGCCAAACUGGCACUGCUCACCAAGCUGCACUUUGCUACCAGACCUUUAGUAACACAGAUGGUGGAUAUAGCUCUGCAGUUUCUCUUGGAUGAACCAGAGCCAGUUGUUGAGGUCAAGCGUUCACAGACCGGAGGUUCUGUCGAGAGCAGGGAUUCGAGUUUAACCUCAGCUCUGAGGAACAGGAGUGAAGCAGCCAGCGCUGAGAUCGGACGACUGCUGGCCGACACAGCAGCUUCCUGUUUCUGUCUGAACACGUCUUUCAUUAAAGCUCGCCUCGUAGCACAUCUGCACGUCAGCUGGCCCAGGACAUGGUCAAAGCCAUUUACAAGAGAUUUGUUGACCGCUCCGAGACCUUCCACCUCAUGAGCUUCGAUGAAAGCUCCAUCACUGCCAGAGACGGCGCCGUCUGUGCCAUCCAGGACAUGGACGACAGAGCGCAGAGCGCUGGGUAUGAACUGGCUCUCCAGCUUUUUACUGAGGACGGCCCCACGACUCCAGAGCUGUGCCCUGUGGAGGCUGCAGAGAGGACUGAUGAAAAGGAGGAUGAAGGGAAGCGAGGACUGCAGGGCUUCCUCAGUCGUAUAUGGAGAAAGAUCAUGCGUGUGUCCACUGAGGAGUGAAUCACAGCUGCUGUUCUCUCCACUUUAUAACCUCACUAACACAAACCACACUUAUUUAAUCAAUUAUAAUAAAUAGAAAGACCCUAUGUUGUUUCUUUUCUGUAUUCACUGC